CAAAAAAUAAAUAAAUAAUAAGCUUCUAUUCUAUUUUUAUUUCCAAUGACUAGAAUAUUUAUCAUGUAAAAAGCCGGCUUGUUAAAUAUUAUUGAUAUUUUUCCCAAAUUGUAAAAUUCAGCAUGUCUUUCAAUACAGUCAACAUUUCAGUGGAGGCCCCAAUCGAGAACCAAAUCCAAGAAAUAACUUACGAAGGCGUCGAAAUCUAUCAGCCUCCAUUGACUCUCUCAGAAAGCUUAGCAAAAUAUGCCCAAAAAAUCGACUUCAGCAAAACAUCAGAAGCCGACAUAAAAAAAGAAGAAGCCCUAGAGGAAGCUAAAUCGGACAGCGACAGCAAAGACGCUUUCCAAUCCUCCUUAUGGCCGUGGGACUCUGUCAGAAACAAACUGAGAAACGCCCAUCAAGAAGUAUGCGUCCUAGCCGACGUUCUAAAUGUAGCAAAAGACAAAAGGUACAUGGUGCUAGAUCCGGUGCAACAGGAACCCCUAGAAACCAAGCCGAUGGUGCAGAUUUACGCUAGAAAGAAAGCUUUGGGGGGUGCCGCUAACGUGCUAUUAGCUGGAGCUGAAAAACUGAAGACUUCACAGAACGAGGCCGCUAGAAACCGCACUACUCCAGAUUUUCAUAUCGAACUGUUGAGGCUCAGGCAAAAUUGGAGACUGAAGAAAGUAUCCAACACAAUUAUUGGGGAUUUGAGCUAUAGGACUGCUGGAUCUAAGUAUUUGCAGACUGGAACUUUUGAGGUUACCAAAGCAGAAGAAGAUGAUAAACCAGGCACACCACCCAGUAGCCCUUUGCCAACAUCAGGAGGAGCUCAACCCACCAAACCCAGCAGCGCCCUUAAAGUAGCUAUUCCCUCUGAGCUACAGGGAGUUGCUUACAUUGAAGUCCUUUGUCAGAAAGAUCAAGAAGACCUUUGUUCGGCAAAUAUAAACCUAUUAGGUUCAGGAGCUCCUUCUUCCAACCCAGACAUGCAUUGGCAGCAAAAACUGGAAGCAGCUCAAAAUGUGCUUUUUUGCAAAGAGCUAUUCAAUCAGCUAGCCAAAGAAGCUGUCCAGCUUCAAGCUCCAAUCCCUCACAUGGUUGUUGGCAAUCAAAUUAUGGCUACAGUUUUGCCUGGUAUUCAGUUAAUAAUUGCGCUACGUCAUUCCACUUCUGCGGACAAGAAAAGUGAUAAACAGCCUUCGCCAUCAAAAAGUGAACACGAUCAUGUACUAGAACACUCCUUACAUCAAUUAUUGAGAGAAGUGCACCAUAAAAACACUCACCAUCCAUUUCCUCAUCCUGCUACAGGCCCAUUGGGGCCUUCUAAGAAAAGAAUGAUGGCAGGACCAAUGGCAGCAGACAGACACGAGCUUUUGGAAAUGACUAAACAAGAAACCUUAUUGGAACAAAUUGUCAAGCAAGCUCAGCAUUUUAUAAUGCGUAUGAGGACUGAAUAUGUUUUAGAUACUAUUGCAAAAGAGUUCAAGGACCCAUUGAUAUCUUCUCAUUGGAAUACUUUGAACAGUCCUACACAGAGUUGUGUUAAAAUUAAUAUUUCCACUCAUGGAUAUGACGCUGUUUGUAGGACUCCUUUGGUUAUACAUGUUGGAGAAAAAAGUCUCAAAUGUAUUUGCAGAGAUGGCAAAGUAAUGAAUAUGAGUUACGAACCGCAAGAAUUGAGAGAUUUAAUUUUUUGUCACAUAAACCAACAUCAAAUUUUAGCGGUGCAAGCUUUAGCUAAGACAAUGGGGUGGCAAUCUUUAGGCAAUUCAAAUCAUUUGGGUAGUGGUCCAGUAGAGCCUUUAGGAAACGCAGCGUCGUGCCUGUUAGCAUCGCCAACAGGAGAUCGAAUUAUAGCAAUCAGAUGCGAGCCCCAAGCUAGUGGAAUGCAAGUCUCUGUGGCCCACUCUCCAAGAACAGACUUUUUCCCUAGUAGAUUGGUGACUGAACGCAAAUGGGAACACUUGGGAGGACAAUUCAGGGACGUGCGAUUGGACAAAAUGGAGGGGCGGAAUUUUUUGCAUAAGAUGGAGCUUUUGAUGGCCAGUCUGACGAGUAAUUCUUAAUUUUAGAGUAGGUAGGUGUAACGUUUUCCAUACAGGGUGAUUUAUGUAGCCCGUGUAUUAGCUUGUAGGUGGAUUAGAUGCUAUGUAAAUCACGGUGUAUAAAUACCCAAGUAUAACUGCAUAGAUUUUUUUUUGUAUUUAUUAAAUUUAUGUCCUAUUAGUGUCAUUUUUUUUCGAAUAAAUGGAACCAAUAUUGAGCCAAAUA